GUAAUCAUCAAUUGAUAUGUUGGUGCCUAACUUGAAUAACAUCUUCUCUAUUUUGAGAGAGUAGCCAAUGGGAAGUACUUAAUUGUUAUAUGCUGACGAUGGCUGAUCCUCUUUCAAUAUCUGGACUGAUCUUACAAGUCAUUACCACCGCCAAAACCGUAUACGACUACGCAAGCCAAGUAAAAAAUGCACAAAAGGACAUUCGAGAGUUGUUCGGAGAGCUAUUCGCUCUCAAAGCCAUUGUCGACCAGAUCCAAAUGGAAAAAGAUGCCACUAUUAAAGUGACGGAAAUUUACUUUAAUAACACACGUUCGUCAGAUGCGUUCGACAAAGCUAUGACCGAUACAAGGAAUCUCUUGCAAGAGAUUCUAGACGACUUAGUCGAAAGGGCGUUGCGGGGUCAAUCUCUUCUCCGAAAUUUAGGAUGGCCGGGGAAAAAGACUAAUCUGCAAGAGAAAGUUGCAAAGUUAGAAAGAAUAAAAACCUAUUUUAUUCUGGUUUUGAUGAACGAUAAGGCAGAGUUAGGUAGAGACAUGUCGAUAUCCAUUGGCGCGAUAGCAGAAACAAGCAUCCAGCUAUACCAAAACAACCAAGAUGAAAUAAACCGAAAGAUCAAAGAUUGGAUUUGUCCCAUUGAUCUUGAACUAAUGCAUCGCAGAGCUCGUUCUACUUGCCAGUCCGGAACAGGACUUUGGUUCAUCGAUGGGCCAUUUCAGCGAUGGCUUUCGGGCUCAGAUGAUAUGAGACUACUUUAUCUCGAAGGAAAAUCUGGAUCUGGAAAAACUGUUCUCUGUUCAAGUGCAAUAGAAGCAGUUCAGACAGUACCUACAGAUAAAACUUCCUUUCAAGUUCUUUACCACUACUGCUCAUUUCGCUCCGUGCCUUCCCAACAACUGAUCUAUAUCCUUGGGGCACUUAUUACUCAAAUCUCUGAAACUAUUCCCAGUAUCUUAGAAGAUUUGAGAGAACCUUAUGAGCGAAGAACUGAGCCUACUGCCGAUGCUCUGAUUGAGAUAAUUCAUAGCCAUAUCGAUACUCGGCAACACUUGCUUGUUUUUAUCGAUGCUGUUAAUGAGAGUUCUGAGAGUGAUGCGAUCUUCAAAGCACUACACAAACUUAUGAAGUUAUUACCCAAUCUCUUUGCUUUCACUACCAGUACCGUACCUCCACCGAGUCUGUUUGAAAAUAACACUCUAUUGAGAGUUAAGAUGGAAACCUCCUCAAACCCAAAUGACAUUCAUGCGUAUAUAAAUAGGCAAUUGGAACAACAACCAGCACUUCAUCGCCUCGCACCUCACGUAAAAGACCAAAUCAAGAGAACGCUGACAAAGAAAGCAAACGGAAUGUUUCGUUAUGUUCAGUGCCAACUUGAACUUCUCAGCUCUCAGAGGACGGGCCGAGAUGUCAUCAGAGCAUUAGAGCAGAUACCCGAUGGCAUUAACGGCACAUACGAACUUAUCCUAGAAUGUAUCCCGCCAAGUGACAGAGAGCUUGCGAGAGAAAUACUCGUCUGGUUAAUAUAUAACCGGCAGCCAAUACGACUCUCCGCACUAAACGAAGCUAUUGUUUUACAAAGAUAUGAUCGCUAUUUGGACGACGAAUGCAAGCUAUUUGACCAAACUGCCAUUCUACACAUUUGUCAGGGUCUGCUUACCUAUGACGAGAAGACUUCGAUCGUUGCUUUGGCUCACUCGUCAGUCCGAUCCUAUCUAACUUCAGAUGCAAUAAAAAAGAGUAGAGCCGCUUUUUAUAGCGUUGAUGAACGAGUGGCUACAAGGAAUAUCUUUCAAAAGUGCCUCACUUAUUUAAUGUUUGACGAGUUUAAUAAUCCAUGCCGAAAUAUCCCGGCACUCAACAAGCGUCUCGCAGAGUAUCCCUUGCUACGGUAUGCAGCCGAAAAUUGGGCCACACACUGCAAUGCCAUUCAGUAUACAGGCGAUGGAUUAAUAGAUAGCGAUUUAGAACAAGCCAUGAGCUUUUUCUAUACCCACAAGUUUCAUAAUGGCGGGAACUAUACAUCGUGGGCACAGAUAUUGCUGUUUGAGGCUCCGGCUAAAUUAUCGUUCAUCACCGAACCGCUCUAUUAUGCCGCCUCGUUCGGGCUACUCCCCGUCGUGGACAGACUGUUGGAAAACGGUGCAUCUCGAAAUUGCCAUGGUGGGAGAAAUAAAAGCACGCCUCUGGUUGUAGCGACGUUUCGAGGACAUUUGCCUGUGGUGAAACUGCUACUCGAACGAGGUGAAGAUCCGAAUACUAAAGAUAUUUAUGGGAUGACAAGCCUUGAGUGGGCUUUGGAAAAGCGAUUCCACGAAAUUGAGCAUACUCUGCGGCAAUAUGGUGCUGGAAAUACAUCACCAAAUCCUGACAUUCACCAGACAUGGAUGCUCACCAAGGAGCUAAAAUGACUAUUGCAAUAGCCACGUUUCCGAGAAUCUUCCCAAGCCCGGGAGUCGAAAGCAGACACCUGUAGUCCCAAAGGGCAUCCUUAAGGACCAGGUGAGCGACUGCUUGGGGUAUAUUCUCAAAACUGUUCCCAAAAU